CAGCUGUGCAGCUGGAUGAAGAUGAGAAGAUUUUACACUCAGUCUGCAAUUAUUAGUUAAUCUAUCCUUACCCUUGUCUUUCUGUGCUGGGGUUCUAUUUGGGUUACAUAACAUCCUGCUUCAUUUUUUCUGUGUUUUAUAAGGGGUCCACUCUCUUUCCACACAGGUCCAGUGUGUUGUCAGCAGUACUCGGACAGGUCAGGGGGGCAAUGGGCGACUGGACUUUCCUGCUGAAAGUCCUGGAACAGGUCCACGAGCACUCCACCAUGGUGGGCAAGGUGUGGCUGACCGUCCUGUUCAUCUUCCGCAUGCUAGUGCUGGGCGCGGCCAUAGAGAACGUGUGGGGGGACGAGCAGUCGGGCUUCACCUGCAACACGCAGCAGCCCGGCUGCCAGAACCUGUGCUACGACCAUGCCUUCCCCAUCUCGCACGUGCGCUACUGGGUCCUGCAGAUCGUCUUCGUGUCCACGCCCUCACUGGUCUACAUGGGCCACGCGCUGCACCAUGUGCGCAUGGAGCAGAAGAGGCGGGAGGCAGAGCAGGAGAAGGGGGAGAGGGACCUGCUGAUCAUCGUCAGGGAUGGCAAACGUGUCCCUGGGGAGGAGCAGGCCUCUCGUUUCAGACUACGCGGCUCCUUGCUCCACACCUAUGUGUGCAGCAUCCUGGCGCGGACACUCUUUGAGGUGGGCUUCAUCCUGGGCCAGUACUUCAUCUACGGCGUCUUCCUUCAGGCCAUGUACAAAUGCAGCCGCUGGCCUUGUCCCAACGUUGUGGACUGCUUUGUCUCCCGGCCCACGGAGAAGAACGUCUUCAUCAUCUUCAUGCUGACGGUGGCUUCCAUCUCUUUGCUGCUCAACCUCAUGGAGAUGUACCACCUGGGCUGGAAGAAGAUCAAGGAAGGCUUGGCUAGCACCUUCUACCACAGGUCCCAAGAGGCCAAAGCUGAAGAGAGGCCUAAGAUGGGCUACAUGUCCCUGUCUGGCUGGAAACCCUGUGUGCCCACCAAUUCCGCUUCUAGCUGCCGACACUCUCCCAAGCUCAAGACCUUCAGCAACAAGCUGGCCAACCAGCAGAACUGGGUUAAUCUGGCCACAGAGCAGGGCAGGGUGGAGAGAGGAGCCCAUGGUGGACUGCUGGUGGCCCCAAUGCCCCUGAAGGAGGACGACUCACCUCAGCUGGGUAAAGGACACAACCUGAAAUCCAGCCGACCAUCAAGCCGUAAUAAGGUCACUGUGUGAGUGGCAGAUACUGUAUGAGCAUCCCUGGCUAUGAGAGGGUAGCAGGUUAGUACAGGAGGCCCUAUAAAUAAGAUAGAUGACAUGUGAUAAGCAUGUCAGGGCAUUCUGAGCUGCCAGCUCUUUCAAAGAAUUAUAAACAACAAGCACUGAUGAUGGAGCCUUAUGUAAUCUCACACCAGGUGCUGGAUUGUAAAUGCUUGUUACAUCGUUCUGAGUACAUUUAGUCUUGCUGACAAGGGGUUACAGUAACAUGAAGGACAUGUUUAAUGUUACACCUCUUCUUUAGUACAAGAGAAUGCGGUCUAUAAAACCUGAACUGGAUCACUGCUCUGAAAUGAGAGUCUUAUUUUUGAUUCACAUAUUAUGAGAGCCACCACAUUUUCU